AUGUCAUCCCAUCUCAAGAAUCUGACUGAAAAUUUCGAAAAUUUGGCAAUAAAUCCAAUUUUCAACACGAAUUGGUGUGAUAUGCCGGCAGAAAUCAAAGUGGAAUGUGUUGGAAAAAUGGAACUCACCGAGAGAUUAUCGCUUAGAAGCACCGCGAAAGCCGAACGGUCGCUCGUCGAUUCGCAGAAAAUCAAUAUUCGUAGAUGUGCUAUUCACGGACUUCCAGAAAUCCGAAGAGUAACUCUCGCUUCAAAAACCGGAAAGAUAGUUUUUAGAGCAUUUAGAAGUGCGAAUAAAGAAUUCGAGUUUUUAAAAUAUAUUUGGAAAAUCGGAGUUUUCGAAAACCUCUAUAUCUGGUUGGAUGGAAAGGAUUCCAAGGAGAAACUUGAGAAUUUCAAUGGAACGAUUGCAGCGAAAAGUAUCGAUUUUCAUUUUUGUGAUGAAGAAUUUAUAGUAGCUAUUCUUGGAAAAGUGAAAAAUGGAGUCGAAUCGAUAACGAUGAAUGCUGAUAGAGGAAUCAGCUACUCUGUCAAUGAAAUUCUUAAAAUCUCUCAUGUUCAAAAUGUCAAAUACUGGCAGAUCGAUAACUACAAACGAAUGAGUGUUCUUUGGAAGGUAGCUCAGGUUUGGAUCGAUAUAAGUUCAAAAAUCGGAACUACUUUUCAAUUGUCCACCGAGGUUUACGGAUUAUUUCAUGAGUUUUUGCAGCAUUUUGUCGAUCGUAUUGUGUCAAUAAGCCAAAUAAGAGUUCGAAUUCGUACCAACCACCCGGAUCGUCACAUUCUUCUGGAACUUGAAUUCGAUGGAUUCGUUGAAUUUCAGCAUUCGUUCAAAUUUUUUCGUCUGAUGGAUAUGACAGCCAAUACUCGACAGAAAAAAGUUGCUGCUGCUCUCCUACUAUUGCAGGAACAAGAAUCCGUUUUACUUACUGUUUGUCGUCCGUAUCAGUUGGAAGAAGGGCUUGAAGUGAUCCGUCAAGAUCUGUUUUCUACUUUUUUACGGUUGAAUCAAUAUAUGAUUUCGACCGAACAAACGAAAAAAUAUCUGGGUGUGGAACUUGAACAUUUUAACUUUCUGCGAAAUCUUUGUUCUGACGACAUCAGUAGAAUCGAUUCAAUUCCAGCUCCAGUCCGUAUUCAUAUUUUUUUGAAGUAUGCUCGUGAAGCUGUGUGUGUCAUCCUUCCUGGGCCAGCACAGUUUGAGGGGGAGCUGGAAUUUCUGGUUAGUCGUGUUGGUGGAGAUGAUGAGAGCAUGUACAGGGUUGUUAAGAAGUCGUCGUGUAUUUGUCUGCAAAAAGAGAACUGUCAUUGUCAUUGUGGGGCAUGUGGAUACAGACACUCAUGCACAUGCCUUGUCCAAGAGACAGGUGUGUGCUGUAAGCACAUUCAUAUGGUGAUUCUUAGAAACGGUAGUAUGACACCUAGUUUUUUUCUGAAACUUACCUGUACUCCAGUUUCUCUUGUCGACGUUGAUCAGGCUGAAAAAGAAAAGAUGCUAAUGUCAUCCGAUAUCAAUAAUUCAUCGAAAAUUACUGAGAAAUCAACUGCUGAACCAAUUUACGACUCGAAUUGGUGCGAUAUGCCGGACGAUAUUAAAUUGGAGUGCAUUGGAAAAAUGGAGCUCUGCGAGAGAUUGUCGCUUCGGUGCUCUGCAAAAGCUGAACGAUCGCUCGUCGAUUCACAAAAAAUCGAAUUUCACGAAGGCGUAUUUUUGAGAGAAUAUGAAGACUCAAGUUUCCUGUUUUCUCGUAAUGAUAAAGUAGUUUUCUGGAAAAGAACAAAAGAAAUUAAUGAAGCUUUCGAAUUGAUGAAAUACAUUAAGAAAGUUGGAGUUUUCGAACAUCUCAAAAUUUUUUCUCGAGGUGUCGCUGAUUGCGAACGAUUCUUGGCCGAUGAUGGAUUGUUCACAGCGAAAAAAAUGAACCUUGUGCAUUGCGAUAUUGAUAGCACGAUCGCUGUUCUUCGAAAAAUGAAAAAUGACGUCGAAUCUAUCGAGAUGAAUGGCGAUGAAAUUACCUCCGGCAAACUUGCCGAAAUCCUUACAAUCUCACAUAUUCAAAAUGUUCCCUACUGGCAUAUCGAUUGCUACGAAGAAACGGAUAGCCUUCACAAGGUUGCACAGAUGUGGAUUGAUAAAAAUUCGAAAAUAGACUCUACUUUCCAAAUUUCUGUCAAUGCAAAUGGCUCAUUUGCGGAAUUCUUGGAGCAUUUCAAGGAUCGUGUUGUAUCGCAAAGUGACAGAAAAGUCCGCAUUCAUACGAAUAAUCCAGAUCGUCAUAUUCUUCUGGAGCGUGGAUUAGAUGAAGUCGUCAAAAUCGAUUACGAAAUCUACCGUCUAAUGGUGAUUUCUGCUGAAAUGAAAGAAUCUGAAUACGACGAUAAUUGCAAGGAGUGGAUUUACAAAAUGAAUCCUGAGAUACACUACUAUGAUUCGGAAAGCUCAUUCGAAGCGCGUGACGACGAUUUUGAAUGGUCUGACGGAGAGGAAGCAUGA